AUGUCCGAGGCUAGAGAGAAGCCUACGUCUGCGCCUCCACCGUCGGGUACUGGCGGGUCUGAUGCACCUCCCGCGUACGACGUGUGCCACGUUACACUUCAUUUGCCCAUUCUACUUGCAAAUUCCCAUUCUCUUGCUCAAAAUGGUUUACCUGUCGAGACUCUACAACAGAUCUUUGUCUGCAUCCCUGUUACCCAGCCGCACAAACGCGAUGAGCUUCCCAGUCAACUUGUUCCCCUGCACGUCUGUCGGAUCUGGAGAGCCGCAGCAUUAUCCUGUGAAGAGCUCUGGACGGCAACUCUCCCAUUGAGCAACACUACUAUGACAACAUUGGCAUUGGAACGUUCGAUGAACUGGAACGCAAUGCUUUGUAUCAAUGCUUUUCCCGGAACCUAUAUGGACCCAGACGCCCUGUCUGUAGCGCUAGGAGAGCCCUCUCGGGUCGAGGAACUCACUUGUCCUGCAACGAGGGAGUCGCAUGGCAUCAUGAAGGAGGCGGUGCAUCUUCGGAGUUUCAACAUAUGGGAGGAAGGAUAUGUUGGCGUUCCCCUAUACAAACCCGGUCUCCCUUACGGUGAUUAUAGGGAGGCAGCCGCAUUUGGUGGAACUGUAGGACUCCGCCUCUUGGAAGAACUACGUCUACACGGCGACAGGAUACGCAUCAGUGCCUCCCUUCUCAGGGAUCUCCCACUGCUUACGGCGCUCGAACUCACUUUACCACAAACCGUAUGGCCCACAUUGGACGUUCUAUUGAAUGCUCUGGCCACGAUGCCACAACUCAAAUCACUCGCGCUCCGCGACGCGGUUUUGCCCACGGGGUCGAAUCUGGAUCACGAUAUGCCCAACGCCCAAAUCAUGGUUCAUCUGAACUAUAUGGAGCAACUGUGCUUGACGGGUAGCCCCGCUCUCCUAUCCUGCAUGCUACACCAGUUAUCCAUCCCGAGAUGCACGAGAAUAUCUUUCAUACUGCGUUUUGACGUUGGAGGGCAGGAUGGAAUUUGGGACACCCAGCGUCGUUUGGAUCAGCGAAUCGUGCAGCUGUUUGCUCCCCGUCUUCCGGACGAAUAUCCUUUGGAGCAUCUCACCCUGCAUGUGUACGACGGCGUGAAUGAGAAGAACUCCUUUUGGAAGAACCCAUCCAAUGCGACCGACAUGUUGUCGAAGCUGCCAUGCCUUCGCACGCUUGACCUCAGAUUUGGUCUGGGGGAAUCUGGAACAGCGGCCCCGUACCGUGUCCUCUUACCUAUGCUCAUGCAUCUGCAUAUAUGCGCGCCCCCACACAUACUCGCCACCGCAUCCGAGGCUAUCCGAACGCCCCACUCCACGUACCGCUCCUACGCGAUCCAGCUCGCAGAUAUUUCAGAUCUCGCUCCCGGAGAGUACCUUUCCCGUCUCCUUUCACACCUCUAUGCUCUCAAUCAUGAGGGUUUCCAAGCCUCCUACACUCGCCUCGAUAUCGCACCAGCCCGUGAUAAUCCCGCAGGCUGUCUUCGUUUCGUGGCGAGCGGUCUCACUGCGGUCAGGUCCGGGGUCUUGCCCCCGAUCGUUGAUAUUUCCCUCGAAGAGAGCGAGUUGCCGCUCCCGUAUCAAGGGCACAAGCCUGCGAUAUGGCCGCCCGUGUAUGGCGAGGCACUCCAUGCCCUCUUGGUUGCACUCCCACUCGAUGCGUUGGAUGAAGUCUUCGUCGCCGAUGGUGUAGACAGCAUCAGGCUCGCACCUCAUGACACUACCGUCAGUGCAUUCACGGUGCCACUGCUGUUGCAGCGUCUCCUUCGCGCGCGUUCUAUAUCCAUUGCUUUCUACGCCGCAGCCGCCUUUCCCUUCCUCGAAGCUGCUCUCCAGUCCGAGCGACUGGAGCACAUAUCUCUACAAUCAAUGGCGAUCGGCGACGACCUUGCCGGCAUCAAGUUGUUACCCCGACUAUGCACUACAGCGAAGUCGCAACGGAUACUCGUAUCGGUGAGGAACUGUGAGAUCGCCGAGCGAGACGUGCGACUGCUGCAGUCGUGGGCGGGAUCCGACAACUUUGAUUGGGACGAGCGCCAGGUAGUCGACUGCACGCCUAGCUGGGGAGCAGGCGACUCGCCUUGGUUAGCACCGGACGCGCGCGAGAUGCGGUUUUGGCGACCGGACCUGUGGAGCAGUGAAUUCCGCACUCUAGGCGAUGGACCUUCGACAUGA